UAUAUUCGCAACUCAUGCCCAACUCAUUUCGAGAAAUUACCACAGAUUCUGAAUUAUAAUGACAAGCGACGACGAGUUCUUUUUUGACUAUCUUGCUUCCAUCCCGAACAAUGUUAAAAAAUAUUCGUCUCAGGUUGCAGACUCAGUAAAUGAACAUGUGGAUCACCUCGCAUUAGCUGUCCGAGAUGUGUUGGCUCGCCAGUCAUGGCUGCCAUCUGUAGUUAAGCCGCUUGGAAAACCCUUGGCGAAAUCACCGUCCUCACUCCCUCCUCAAUCCACCCUCGAUCUGGUACAGGACUGGAUAUCAAGAAACCGUGCUUGGACAGCAGCUAUUGUCGCAUUUGUUGGAACUGGAGCUUUCCUGGUCUAUGGAAGCAAAAAGCUCAGCGGCAAGAAAAGGAAAGCGCGAAGAGCUGGCAAUGGCGCGCGUAAGGAGAUCGUGGUUAUUGCGGGCUCUCCACAUGAGCCUAUGACCAGGUCUGUUGCUAAUGAUCUUGAACGUCGCGGCUUUAUCGUUUUCAUUACAGUUGCUUCAUCUGAAGAGGAAAAUGCAGUUCGAGCAGAGGGUCAAGAAGAUAUUCGCCCACUGUGGCUCGACUUAACAACCACACUCUCGACACCGUCGGAAAUCCAUCCUUCUCUCCAUACAAUUCAAUCCUUGAUAACUCACCCGCAAACUCUGAUGCCUGGAAUACAACCACACGUUUGCCAACUAAGCGGCCUGGUUGUCGUACCCUCGCCAAAGUUUCCCACGGGGCCUGUCGCAACAAUCCCAGCGUCAAAUUGGGUUGAUACUAUAAAUACUCGACUUCUAUACCCUAUAUUAACAACACAGCUUCUCUUGCCGCUUCUUACGUUAAAAAAUAACAGCAGUUCGAUAGUCUUGCUUUCGCCGUCGAUACAGUCUUCGUUGUCUGCGCCUUUCGCAACCCCAGAAGUCACAAUAACCCGAGGUUUAUCUGGUUUUGCAACUAGCUUACGACAAGAACUCCGACAUCUACAACGAGCCCACAACGGCUCUGGUAAUAGAAUCGAAGUAAUCGAGUUAAAACUUGGGAACAUUGAUUUAGGUCGCCAGUUCCGAAAUGACCGGAAUCAGAAUACAGGAACGGAGGUCCUUACUUGGCAGCCGCAGCACCGGGCUCUGUACGGCUCAACGUACCUGUCCAGUAUUGAUUACAGAGUUGGAAGAUCAGUGGGUGCAGCUUAUGGUAGUCCGGCCAGAGACCUGCAUUUAGCGAUCUUUGAUGCCCUCGCCCCGGCCCCCAAGUCGUGGUUGGGCCGGCGCAAACGUAAGCCGCCAACUGUUUAUGUUGGCAAAGGUUCCAGAACUUACUCCAUCGUCGGGAAUAUAGUUCCCAGUGGGCUAGUAGGAUGGAUGCUCGGUCUCCGUUCCAGCCAUACGGGUCCCCUGGUAGAUCUAAAUUGGGAUGCCAAUAGCAGUGGGACGAGCAGCGAAACAGGAUGGGAGAAACUCGCGUAGAGUGUUAAGUGCUCCUUUUUUCCUUAAUCAAUUUUAUCUGUAAUUGUACUUACACGAUAUGCACAUAUUUCACGUUUUGUUUUGGGUAAUUGGCGGAACAUGUACUGUACUCUGGACGGCGUUGCGAGGGAAGAAUCGUGCAUAUUAGCGAAAUGAAUUUGCACCACUGAUUCAAUACUAUAUAUAUAUUUACUAGCUCCAC